AUGGUUCAAUUUUGGAAUUCUGCUUACAAGUGUUUCACUUUUGGGAAAGUGGAUUUAGUGCCUACCGUAGAGGAAUAUACUACCCUGCUCAGAUGUCCAAAAGUUCAAGUUAGAAGAACUUAUGCCAAGGUUUUUAAUGGUCAAACUUUAGCGAAGAAAUUAAUGAAUAUUUUAGGGAUGAGCGAGCCAUGGGUUACUGCUCGGAUUCAAAAAAAGGGGGAUAGUAAAUGUAUUCCUUGGGAGAAUUUGAGAGAUUUGGUUUUAACACAUCCGGAUGAAAUAAAGAGGGUCGAUAUCUUUGCCUUAAGCAUCUAUGGAUUGGUAAUUUUUCCUAAGGCAUUAAGGCAUGUGGAUGAGGCAGUCGCUGAUUUAUUCAACCGUCUUGAAAAGGGAAUCGCACCUGUACCUGCAAUAUUGGCUGAGACAUUCAGAUCCUUGAGCAUAUGUCGGAAGACAAACGAGGGGCGGUUUAUUGGGUGUGCACAGUUGUUGAUGGUGUGGUUUCAUGGGCAUUUUUCGAAUGUAGAAAAUGUUUCUUACCUGGUCUUUUCUGAAGGUUAUUCCCUGUUAAAUGAGGAGGCAGCCAUACAAAGCAGAGAGGAUAUCUCAGAGGAUAAGUGGAUGAAAAUUCUUCAAAACCUCAAUGAGGGGGAUAUAGAGUGGAGAGCAUUUUGGAUGGUUCCUGAUGAGAUCCUGUAUCGAUGUGGGAACUUUGAUUGGGUACCGUUGUUAGGAAUUUGGGGAGCUACUAGGUAUACUCCGUUGCUUGCAUUCAGACAGUAUAAAUCGAGGCAGUUUGUACCCACGACUUACGGGCUGGCUCAGUGUGAAUUCCCAUAUAAAAGUGACCACUAUAAGAAAAAAGUUCGAGAACUAUCUGAUGCUUGGAAGCAAACUCGCUGGAUGAAGAGGUUGGCCGUUGGUUCCAUGGUGACAUCUGAAUAUAAUAGAUGGUUUAAAAAAAAGGUCAAUGACAAUAUUCCUAGACCAAGUAUAGAAAGCACCCGACCAAUGGAGGAACAAUUACAAGUCACCUCGUCAGAGUUGGAAAUUAUAAAACAAGACUUCGAGAAGAAGAGUUCUGAGUUUGGGAAAAGGAUCGAGUAG